UAUUUGGUAAGGCGGUGUCCUCUUUCUCUCUCUAAGAAUCUGAAAGCUCGAGAGAGAGCUCCCUUCUCAUUUUAGGAUUUUGGUUUUGGGUUCAAUUCGUCGCUCAAUUGUGGGGAAAAAAUGGAAGACGUUCUAUCUGCCACCGACAAGCAACGGUUGGUCUCUUCCUUCCUCGAGAUCGCCGCAGGCCAGACCGCCGAUACUGCCAGACAGUUCUUACAGGCUACAAGUUGGAAGCUUGAAGAAGCUAUUCAGCUUUUCUAUGUUGGAAAUGAGGGUGGGGCUGUGACAUCCUCUUCAUACUCUCCUGUAUUAGAAAAUGACCAUACACCUCUGCCAGAUCAAAGUUCAAGUGAACUUGAAAAGGACACGGGGGAAAAUAUUAGACAAGAUGAUGGAAGUGAAGUACGCCCACCUUUACCAGUGAAAAGGGAGGUUCUUUAUGAUGAUGCAAUAUUUUAUGGAGCAUCAAGAAUGGGAUAUCCGUCACAUGAAGCUCAUUCAGUAGUUCCCUUCCGCAAUUUUAAUGAGGAAAUGAAACGUCCUGGGAUUUGGGAAUCUGAACAAGGUGCCACAUCUGCAGUGGAUAAUUCUAGAGAUAAUCUGGCUUCUUUGUAUCGUCCUCCAUUUGCUCUGAUGCACCAUGGGCCCUUUGAAAAGGCAAAAGAUGCUGCUAAAGUCCAGAACAAGUGGCUAAUAGUAAACUUGCAAUCCACCAAGGAAUUCAGCUCGCACAUGCUUAACCGUGAUACCUGGGCAAAUGAAGCUGUUGCUCAAACAAUUAGCUCCAAUUUCAUCUUCUGGCAGGUAUAUGAUGAUACAGAGGAGGGCAGGAAGGUCCAUACGUAUUACAAAUUGGAUUCGAUUCCUGUGAUUCUCGUAAUUGACCCGGUCACAGGGCAGAAAAUGCGGUUAUGGCGUGGGAUGAUUCAGCCAGAGAGUUUGCUGGAGGACCUAUUACCAUUCAUGGAUGGCAGUCCCAACGAUCAUAAUUUCAGUCUAUCUCAUAAACGUCCAAGAGAAAGUUCCCAGACUUCACCUCACAAAAUUCAAGAGGCUCCAGUGGCUGCAGAUGCAAAAAAUGAAGAAGAUGAAGAAAUGCUAUUAGCAUUGGCUGCUUCAAUGGAAGGCAUGAAACAUGCUACUGGAGUUACCUCGGAAGACGUAACAAAUAUUGAUGAGGACAAAGAAAUGUGCUCAGUAAAGAAGCCUGUGUAUCCACCUCUUCCUGAAGAACCUAAGGGUGAUAGGAACCUCCUUUGCAGGGUGGGAGUCCGUCUUCCAGAUGGACGCAGGCUACAGAGGAACUUCUUCCGCACUGAUCCGAUACAGUUGCUGUGGUCAUUUUGCUACUCUGUACUUGAGGAAGCUGAGUCGCGUCCAUUUCGCUUAACGCAGGCAAUCCCAGGGGCUUCAAAGUUUCUCGAAUAUGAUAGCAAAUUAACAUUUGAUGAGUCGGGGCUUGCCAACUCGAUGAUUUCAGUUACAUGGGAAUGAAGAUGAUGUUUCGGUACCUUUUUUGAGUGUGUUGCGAUCACUGGAAUCUUGCAUUGAAGAAUUUUGGAGCAACUGCUAGAACAUUGUUUCUUUGUUUGUUGCUUUUAAACACAGGGGUCUCUUGGAGACAACUCUGUCUUAUACUGCAUCUUGUUUAUUACAUAUAGAGUCCUCGUCAGGAGCAUGGAAAUCACACUAUUAUCGUAUUUAUCGUUAUAUUGUACAAUUUCAAGUUUGUUCCA